AUGCCCUCUGGCGGUUCUUCACAAACACCUUCUAUUCAACGGCUCCAGUCUCGGCAGAUUCUGUCACCUCAUACCAGACGCAGAGAGGGACACGACAGGAAACGUUCUAGGUUGAGCUUGGAAACAACCACCGCACUUGAUACGAUUGAAUACUGGAUGGACUUUGACAAUGACGAUGGUCUUCCCGAUAAAUCCAAGCCUCACUCCCAAUCACCACCGCCGGUGGAAGAAAAGGGUGCUGCCCCCAUCAUGGAGCAGAUAGUGCGUCCAACAUCCGUCACGGAAACCCGGGAAUCUACCGAUAACAUCGUGACUAGAAACGCACCAUCUGAUGUUCAAGGUUCAUCGUCCAUCAACCUCCGCGAGCAGCUUGCCGAUAUCGAUAUGGAACCGCCUCUAGAAGUACCCCUUCGUGAGGGGUUGUACUCGACGCCGCUUAGCUGGGAGCGCCCACAGCCCGGGCGGCACCCAGAGCCGACUGUCUCUCGUAGCCCACCCUUGAACGAAGAGGGAAAGGGCGGGUUGGCCACCACUACUACCAACCAAGGACGGGGCCCAGAUGGGAUUGGAUCUAACGUUCACAUCGAUUUCCACGGAACCAGUGAGACCACCCCUGUGGUAUUCGGCGCAUCAGAAGAGCCAGAAAUCAGACAGAGUUUGAAGUCCACGCCCCUAUUACGUCCGGCCCUAUUGCAGUCUUAUUCAGCACCACCCAACAUCCCUAGUAGUAGAAGUCAAAGGAGGCUGGACAAAAAGGGAGGAAAAGAAGAAACCAAAGCGGCCGACCGAGCUGCGCAUAACAAUAUUGAGCGAAAAUACCGAACCAACUUAAAAGACAGGAUCCUAGAGUUACAAAACGCGGUUCCCGCACUACGGGUAUCCCAAGACAAAGAUGGCGACGAUGACGAGGAAACACACCCGGGCAACCCCCCCAAAAUCAGCAAAAGCAUGGUCUUAACCAAAGCGACGGAGUACAUCCGCGACCUCGAACGUCGAAACAAGGAUCUUGUGGAGGACCAGCGCGAACUCGUACGGCGACUGCAGGUGGUUGAGCAGUUGCUGAGUUCGGUGGCGCAGCAGCAGACCGCCGCGACGUCAUCGACGACGUGUAGUAGGGUGUUGUUUGAUCCGAGGGGGUUUUGUUGA